GGGUUGACGGCAGCGAACCGCUCAUGUCCUUUUGGAUCCGUUAUGAUGAAAACACUUUAGCAUCUGCAACUUUCCUUAUCCAUAAUUAAAAGGAUGGUUGCAAAUUUUUGUUCGUUUUGAUUUUCUAUUUAAACUUUCAUGGCUCUUGGGCUCUCCUAGAACCACCUCUAACCAUUAAAAUAUAUUUAGAAAACGACAAAAGCAGUAAAGGAGCAGAAUUUGACAUUCACAUGUUGGUCACGCAUUUCUAUGCUAAAUCAAAAGCCUAUUAAAGUUCUCUCUCCUCCAAUCAUUGUUCAGCCACAAUCACUUGCACUUUGUGCCAUAUAUAUUAUUCUCCCUUGGAGCAAGUGUCUUUGGUAUUUAAUUUCCAAGGCUAUGUGGAGCAACCUUCCUUUUGAUCCCCUAGCCAACAUUUUCUCUUAUCUUUCCCCUGAUUCACUAGCCAGGGCGAAAUCUGCCUGCAAGAGUUGGUACGCAUGUGCCAACACUUCAGGUUCAUGGGCAACGCUGCCACGGCGGAUGAAUCAUCCGCCGUGGUUCAUAGCGUUGCCCACGCGUAACCACGGGCAUUUUAUUUAUGCUCACAAUCCAGCUGAUGAUUCUUGGCAUCUAUUGCCUCUUGACUUCAUUCCUAACCCAGUUCGACCAAUUGCUUCAAUUGGUGGACUCAUUUUACUCAGAGAAGCUACAACUACUAGCCUUCAAUUAGCCAUUUGCAACCCUUUCACUCGCCAAUUCAGGCAACUUCCAAAGCUGAAUGUCACAAGGACUAAUCCAGCUGUUGGUAUAAUAGAACUGAAUUCAGCCAACUUCGAGGUCUACGUGGCUGGAGGAAUGUCCGAGGCAAGCAGCAUCGGAGGAGGUUCCUCGUACGAGCCUAGUUUAGAAGUCUAUAACUCUGUCCAUGACCACUGGAAAACAAUUAGAUCAAUGCCAAUGGAAUUUGCUGUAAGGCUAACCGUUUGGACACCAAACGAAAGUGUUUACUGCAACGGUGUCCUGUAUUGGAUCACCUCAGCCCGGGCUUAUACCGUAAUGGGAUUCGAUAUUGUGAACAAAAAUUGGAGAGAAUCAAGCGUACCGAUGGCAGACAGGCUUGAAUUUGCAGCAUUGGUGCAAAGAAAUGGGAAAUUAAGUCUUGUUGGUGGAACUAGUGAGGCAGGAGAAGCAUGUAUAUGGGAGCUUACUGAAAAUAAUAAUUGGCGAAUGAAUGAAAGAGUGCCAGAAGAACUAGGAGCAAGAUUGUUAGGAGGUAAAGGGAGAUGGGGUAGUAUUAACACUAGAUGUGUGUGCAUUGCUGGAGCAAUGUGCUUGUACAGAGAUCUUGGAUCAGGCAUGGUAGUAUGGAGAGAAUGUGCAAAGAAGGGUGAGUGGGAAUGGCAUUGGAUUGAAGGGUGUGGUACAAUUAAAGGGAUGAAAUUGCAGAAUUUCCCAAUUAAAGGACUGUUGUUACACCCCUAUCUUGCAUCUUCAAGUUUCUUGAAUGAAUGAGCUCUAAAUUCUUCUCUCUUCCAAGUUUCAAAACAUAGCACUUCAAUUUGCCUCCUAAGCUACGUUGGUCGGACUCUUCAAAUAUAUCGGAUCCUUCAGGAAUAGUGUAUGUUGAAGGAUCUGAUAAGAGUGCGACAAUAUUUUUGGAGAGUCCGAGCGAAGUAACUUUCAAGUCCUAAAGUAAAAAGAAAAUUCUGGUUUUUCAGCUUGCGUUUUAAUAACAUUAACCUAUUAACUUGGUGGAAGUAAUCAAUGAAAAUAAACAUUUUCUCCAAUAUAUAAGCAGAUACUUAUCCUCUUUUUUUUUCUUUUUCUGAAAGCCCUUUCUUUUAGGUGUUAUUAAGUUAAUUUUGUUUAUAAUUCAAUCUGGUCCUAUUUCAGUAGUUUAUGUUACUCCUUUCAUGUUUUGUCUUAUUUCUUACUGAUUAUAUAGAAAAGAAAAGUUCAAAAAGAUUGGGGGUUACAGGGCAUUAUAUCAAUCGAGUAUAAGGAUUGUAUCAAUAUGGUUAUAGGAAUGUAUCAAUAUGAUAUAAUGAUUGUAUCAAUAUGAUAUAGUAUAUGAUAUUUUUUGUC